AUGCCCCUACAAUUUCAUUUUUCGACAUUCGUUUCGUGGGUGAUCCCCACCACCCCGGGCCUGCACGUGGUGGUCGGCGGUGUUGUUCUGCUGGUUUUGUUGGCCAGGUGGUGUGCCGCCGCGGUCCGGCCGUGGGCGGCGAGGGUGAUGCCCUCCACGGGGGGUACCCAGCCGGGUACCCCAAGCGUGGACACCGUCCUCGUCGCCCGACAAAACGUUCGCCGGGCCGUCGGGGGCCUCAUCCUUGGGGCCUUAGGCCAGGCCAGGGGUAACUGGGUUAUAGGGCCGGACGCCCUGCCGGGCGCGGAGGUGCGGAUCCUUGACUGGGUCCGCCGAGACUCCCCCGGCCGUGACUCCGACCCUAACGCCCAGCUACCCUCGGCCGGAAGCCUCCCCAGGGCGGUCUUAUACUGCCAAGACCCCAUUCUGGUGCAGGGAGGGGUGGUGGCGGAGGUGAUGGAUGGGUUUGGCGUGGAGGAGGCAGCGGCCUAG